AUGGCGGAAACAAAAAACAGAAUUGCGAGAUACAAACUCAUAAUUCAGAGAAAAUCAGAGUUUAUAUUCCAUUUUUGUAACACAACAGACGUAAAGUUGGGGUAAAAUCCUUUUUUCUUAAAAUAAAAAAAGUAUUUUUUAAAACAAUUUGGUUUUUCAAGUUUAUUUCAACUGUUGCAAAGGGACGUGACUUGCCACCACAAAUGAAGAAGGAUUUAUUGGUAUUAAGUGCAGUAAAAACAAAGAAACAAUUACUUCAAUUAUUUACACACCAUGUGAGCGUCAACUUUGCAUUUCUUUUCACUGGACAAUUUCUAACCAUUCUAAAAUGCGAAAGUGAUCACCAUCAAAAUCAGCAACACCAAAAACAUUCAUUAUGCAUCUCUUGCUUGUAAUCCUGUUCUUUCUGGAGGCACAGUUUUGUGUCCAGACUUCUGACAGCAAUAGUCCUGCUGGCGAUAACCUGGCGACAAACGGCCUUCCUUUUCCAUGGAGUAAAGUGCGCCUGCCAAACUACAUAGUGCCUGUACAUUAUCAUCUACUUAUUCAUCCCAAUCUCACCACCCUGAGGUUCAAUGGAUCUGUGAAGAUCGAAAUCGAUGUUAAAAACAACACAAACUGGUUGGUGCUACACAGCAAGAACCUCAAGAUCUUCACCGCCACUGUUCUGGAUGAGCACGAGGCCCAUCUGUCAGACAAAGUGCUCUCGGUACUGGAAUAUCCUUCACAUGAACAGAUCGCCAUCUUCUCCCCAAAGAUUCUGACCUCUGGGGAAAAAUACUUCCUGUAUUUGGAAUUUGGUGCACCGUUAAGUGACGGCUUCUAUGGAUUUUAUAAGAGUACAUAUAAGACAAAAGCAGGAGAGACAAGGGUCCUGGCAUCCACCCACUUUGAGCCCACAUCUGCCCGAAUGGCAUUGCCAUGCUUCGAUGAGCCCAUUUUCAAAGCUAAUUACACUGUCAGAAUACGGAGGGGCCUGUCACAUAUAGCUUUGUCCAACAUGCCAUUAGAACAAACUGUAGAAAUUGGCAACGGUCUUUUUGAGGACCAGUUUGAAGUGAGUGUGAAGAUGAGCUCGUACCUGUUGGCCUUCAUUGUCUGUGACUUCAGAUCUGUUAGUGGGAUGACUGCAACCGGAAUUAAUAUUUCUAUUUAUGCAGUUCCAGAGAAAUGGCAUCAGACGCACUAUGCUCUUGAGGCUGCUUUGAGGCUUAUGGAGUUUUAUGAACAAUAUUUCAACAUACUUUAUCCGCUGCCAAAACUGGAUCUGAUAGCGAUUCCAGAUUUCCAAUCAGGCGCUAUGGAAAACUGGGGUUUGACUACUUAUAUGGAGACGUCUCUUCUGUAUGACCCAGACAUCUCAUCAGCCUCAGAUAAGCUCUGGGUUACCAUGGUGAUAGGACACGAGCUGGCCCAUCAGGUUUUAUAUAUAAAACACAUUCUCAGUCUCAUCUUAACAAAAACCUUGCCUACCCAAUAUAGUAUAAAAAUAUCUUUCUUCCUGGGAAUAUUAACUGGCACAAGACGUCUGACAACUAGCCCCAGUCUCCCCAACACAUGUACUGUUCAUACAUUUUACUGUACAUAUACCAAUCUCUCAAACCCAGAUGUGUUGACGCUGGAUGAGGAAGUUGACUGGGUGAAGCUCAACAGUGACAUGAAUGGAUAUUAUAUUGUCCAUUAUGAUGAGGAAGGCUGGAACGCCCUGACGGAGCUGCUGAGCGCAAACCAUACUGCUCUGAGCUUUAAGGACAGAGCCAGCCUCAUUCAUAACGCCUUCCAGCUGGUCACUGCAGGACGACUGUCACUAAACAGAGCUUUAGAUUUGAUCGGUUACUUAAAUUCUGAGACCCACAAUGUUCCUCUCCUGCAAGGGCUUGGCUAUCUACAAUCAUUCUACAAGCUGAUAGACAAGAGAAACAUAACUGACGUUACUCAUAAUCUGAAGACCUACAUCUUGCAGUAUUUCAGAGAUGUGAUUGACAAGCAGUCAUGGAGCGAUGAUGGGAUGGUCUCAGACCGGAGACUGCGUGAAGAGGUUCUUUCCCUUGCAUGUGAUUUUGAUUAUCCACCUUGUUUGGAAAAGGCUAAGCAGCUCUAUAAUAGCUGGGUGGAAUCCAGUGGUACAAUCAGCUUACCCACUGAUGUGUCUGAGACGGUUUACAUGGUUGGAGCUCAGGAUGACAGCGGUUGGGCCUACCUUCUGGAAAAGUAUGGUGUCUCCAUGUGUGAGACAGAGAAAAGCAAAUUUCUCUCAGCUUUGGCAAGCAGCAAGGACUCUGAAAAACUAUCAAGAUUAUUACAGCUUGGAAUGGAUGGGACUCUAAUAAAACCACAAAAUUUACCUAGUCUCAUAUAUAUGGUUGCCAGAAAUCCAGUGGGUCAUUUUCUAGCAUGGGAUUUUGUGAAGAAACAUUGGAAUGAACUAGUAGAAAAGUUUCCGCUGGGAUCUUUUGGAAUCAGAAAUAUAAUUGUUGGCACUGUGACUCAGUUCUCAUCCACAGAGGAGUUGAGAGAGGUUGAGGAUUUCUUCAAGUCCAUCACAGAGCAGGUAUCUCAGCUGCGUGUCAUACAGGUGGCCACAGAAAACGUGGAGAAGAACAUUAUGUGGCUCUCGAGGAAUCUAGAGACCAUGAGGACUUGGUUGCAGCAAAGACUCAACUAAAAUGUAAACAGAAGACCAACAUUUCAGCCGAGCAUUAUACUAGUUUUUACUAGUAUAAUGGUUUUUGGUUUAUUAAUCAGUAUCAGGAUCAGCUCCGAAACUCCAUUUGACUUUUCAAGUUUUCUACUGUUGGUAUUUUUUUAGAUAGUGUUUUAAUUAUUUUGGGUAACAGCUCAUAUACUAUAAUGCAUGAUGUGUUUGCUUUUUUUGGUUUACUUCAAUAAAGAGGUUUAUAAACGGCUAUGCCGUUUCAAACCUCUAA